CUGAACCCCCAGCUGGCCCUGCCCCCCAAAAAGCCAUUCGCCUUCGGCUGCCUUGCGGAUAACAAGAUCGUGUCGCACCUGCUGGUGGCGGAGCCUGAGAAGAUCUACGCCAUGCCGGAUCCCACGGUCCCGGACAGCGACAUCAAGGCCCUCACCACGCUGUGCGACCUGGCCGACCGCGAGCUGGUGGUCAACAUCGGCUGGGCCAAGCACAUCCCAGGGUUCUCCACGCUGUCCUUGGCAGACCAGAUGAGUCUACUGCAGAGCGCGUGGAUGGAGAUCCUGAUCCUCCGCGUCGUUUAUCGCUCGCUCUCCUUUGAGGACAAGCUGGUGUACGCUGAGGACUACAUCAUGGACGAGGACCAGUCCAAGCUGGCCGGACUGCUGGACCUGAACAACGCCAUCCUGCAGCUGGUGAAGAAGUACAAAGCCAUGAAGCUGGAGAAGGAGGAGUUUGUCACCCUCAAGGCCAUCGCUCUGGCCAACUCAGACUCCAUGCACAUCGAGGACGUGGACGCGGUGCAGAAGCUGCAGGACGUGCUCCACGAGGCGCUGCAGGAGUACGAGGCCUCCCAGCACCCGGAGGACGCGCGCCGCGCGGGCAAGCUGCUCAUGACGCUGCCCCUGCUGAGACAGACCUCCACCAAGGCCGUGCAGCACUUCUACAGCAUCAAGCAGGACGGCAAGGUCCCCAUGCACAAACUCUUCCUGGAGCUGCUGGAGGCCAAGGUCUGAGCGGAGGCCGGAGAGCGGGGGAGGGAGAGAGAGCCGUUAACACCCCCGACCUCCUCGCUGCGGACUCUAACCCGACGAUCAACGAAGCAACCACUUUCACUGACCUCAAGAUCCCCUCAUGAACGACCAGGCGUUAGACCCCAUAUCCCAACCCGC